UUUCUACAGUCGUUCAGGAGGGAUUUUAAAUACGCUGAUGCUCUAAACUGGAUCACCACAUUGGGAUGCUCCAUGUCCAGCAUAGGGUUGAGUUUAACAAUAACAUUCCAGAUCGUGACCCGGAAAAAACGCAAAACCAACCCAACGGUCCUCUUAGUGAGCGUCUGCGUGUGUCUCCUGAUUUUCACCCUCCUCUUCAUGUUGGGAGUGGACAACCCUCAUAAACAGCUGGAGAAACCUGAAAUACAGGAGGCCAACAUUCUCCCCUCGUCCGACACACACACAGAGCGGGACAGAGGCCUCUGUACUGCAGUCGCAGUCCUGCUGCAGUACUUCCUGUUGGGGACGUUCACCUGGAACACGCUGUACGCCACACAUGUCUUCCUGAUGAUCAGAAACAGCCUGGCCACCAGCCCGUCACACUUCACAGCCUGUACCGUGGCCAUCGGAUGGGGACUGCCUGCGGUUGUGGUGGCCCUCACCUUAGGAAUUAGUUACAGAGUGGAUGAUCCACUGGGUUACAGGCAGGAGGAAUUUUGCUGGCUUGCUGCCCUCGAUCCAAACGGGAACUUUGACUUCAAGCUGCCAAUGUUUUGGGGGUUCCUGAUCCCUGUGGCGUUCAUUCUUAUCUUCAACAUGGUGGUGUUGGUAUAUUUUGCAGUUACAACAUCCAAGACCAACCCACAUAUAACCAGUACAAGACACACAUCGAUGAAGAAGAAGUUCCUCAGUAGCUUUUCUCUGGCUGUGGUGCUCGGUCUCUCCUGGAUCCUGGGCUAUCUGUUGCUCAUUACACAGAACCAGACCAUGUACACCAAACUAAAUGACUAAAAUGUUAAAUAUAAAGACUAGU